AUGAAGCCUGCCUGGGACAAGCUCAUGAAGCAGUACGACGGACAUGCCUCCAUCGUGGUGGCAGACGUGGACUGCAUUGGGGAAGGCAAGAGCAUGUGCGAUGAUGUGGGAGUGGAAGGCUUUCCCACGAUCAAGUUCGGGGACCCUGCCAAUCUGGAGGACUACGAGGGCGAGCGCGAAUUCGAUGACUUGGUCAAGUUUGCCAAGGAGAACCUAGGACCCAGAUGCGGCCCGGCGAACCUGGACUUGUGCGACGCAGACAAGAAGAAGAAGAUCGAGGAGUACAUGAACAUGCCUGCGGCCAGUCUCAAGAAGGAGAUUGAUGCCCAGGACGAGGAGAUCGCGGCUGCCACCAAGAAGCAUGAGGAGUUUGUGGAAACUCUGCAGAAGCAGUACGAGGAGUGGAAUGAGUCAGAGAAGGCCAUGUCAGAGAAGAAGAAGGAAAUCAAGGAGGGUGGCUUGGGCCUGAUGAAGGCGGUGAAGGCCUAUCGCAAGUCGGCCACUGGGCUGCAGCCGCGACCGGUGGAGGAGGUGCGAGUGGAGGAGGGUGACUUCGCAAUGGGGGAGAACGACAAGAGGAAGCUGGAUGAGUAUGAAAAGCUGGUGCUAGAGGAGUGCUACACAUCGCAUGUGUGCUACACAUCGCAUGUGUGCUACACAUCGCAUGAAGAGUUACGGAAGCAGCUGGCACGGGAACAGGAGCUUCGUGAACAAGCGCAACUCACCGUGCGGUUCGUGGAGGAGUGGUGGUUCAGAUGCCAAUUCUAUUGCUACCCCAGUGGUAGUGACUGCAUUUGGUUUCAACAUACCACUGGAGUAGGUGGUAUUUGGUUGUUGAACCAAUUCUUUCAGACUUUGCUCCCUCUCCUCACCACUGCCACCGGCCAAUCGUUCCGCCAUUGCGUUACCACGGCGAUGGCGGAUGUGGACAUGGAGGCCGCCGCCGCGCUGGACGCUUGGGUUGGACACAGCUCGAGGGUGGUUCAGGCCGAGGGCAUGGCGUGGAGCCUUAGGUUUUCAUUUCAGCGCUCGACGUGCGCCGUGCUUUUCCUCCGUGCGCGCUCGUUGCAUCUUCGGACCUUGGGCAUCCAACACCGUGGCUCCGGUGUGCUUGCGGUGGAAUGGGAGCCCAAGGUGGGUGAGCGGCUUUGUAGCGCCUCCCUGGACGGAAGUCUUCGGCUUUGGGACGCCAGCAGCGGCGAAUGCCUGGAUGAGCUGGAGACCUCGGAUCGUGGUUUUGCCAGCUGCCUCACCUGGGCGCCUCAUGGUGCUCGAUUGGCCAGCGGCUUCCAGGAUGGCACGGUCUUGAUUUGGCAUCCCAGCUCCGCUCUAUCGGUGGUGAAGUGCAAAGGUCACACCAACCAGGUGCGAUGUGUAGCUUGGAGUUCCAAAGGCAAAGAUCGCGUCGCCAGCGGCUCGUUGGAUGGGACCAUCAGGACGAGCGGAUGGGGUAAGUCUCUGACGAAGUGUCAAGGGGAUGGCGGCUAUGUCUAUUGUCUUCUUUGGCAUCCGGAUGGUGCUCAGCUGGUGGCCGGCAGCACCGACGGCGUAGCUCGCGUGUUCGAGACGCAGAAGGGCCUAUGCUUGGUGCGCUGUGAAGGCCACAAGGGCCCCAUCUCCUCCAUCGCCUGGGGUCCAGGCCACACCCAUUUCGCCACCGGCUCCCAUGAUGGCCAAACCUUAGUUUGGAGCAGCGACACGGGGCAGAAGGUGGCCAGUUGUGGCGCUCCCGACCGGGUCUACAGCAUCGCGUGGAGGUGGGUGCGCCGGUGCGCAGGGUCUGCCCAACGGCCCACGCCGUUCGGUUCGUCCCCGCGGAGACCGUGGCCAACGCGAAACGGGUGGGGCGGCCCCUGCGAAAAAGUCGGCCUUACCAAUGUAUAUGCUGCAUCUUUUUCUGCAUUCCCAGUGGCAGCUCCAAGGAAUUCGCACCCCUUUUUGCUGAUAUUCCUCCUGAGUUGA